ACCCCCUAAUAGCUCUUCCACUUGAUACGGGCUUGUAAAAUAAGUCGGCUAAGCUAUUACUGAGAACUGCCAUCAGACCGUCAGUCUAAUAGUGACCAUCGAACUGUUUGGAAGAUUUCCUGAUUAAUUGACUUCUUAGCACACUCGAAGAGAGAGUGUACCGUCGUAUGGAAACAGUCAAUUGAUUUUUUGCGUAUACACUUUACCCACCAGCAAUUAAUAAGGAAAACAUCUCAGCAUGAGUUGUGCUAGUGUUUUGACCAGCAAGGACCUGCCGGACAUUGAGAGCCUGCUGGCCCUCAACCCUCGCGUGAAAUCCCAUGGCUCCCUGGUGCCAACCACCGUGACCAAGGUCAACAAGAAGCACUGGAAACGUAACACCGACCGAUCCUGCACGAGCUGCACCCCGUUGACCAAUGACUUCUCGGACAUCAAGCAUACGACCCUGUCGGAGCGGGCUGCGCUGCGGGAAGCCGCCCGCUGUCUCAAGUGUGCCGAUGCCCCGUGCCAGAAGUCUUGCCCAACCCAGCUGGACAUCAAGAGCUUCAUCACCAGCAUUGCCAACAAGAACUACUACGGGGCUGCGAAGGCCAUCUUCUCCGACAACCCACUUGGGCUGACGUGCGGUAUGGUAUGCCCUACCUCGGACCUGUGCGUCGGUGGCUGUAACUUACAAGCGGCCGAAGAGGGUGCCAUCAACAUCGGAGGACUGCAGCAAUUUGCCACCGAAGUAUUCAAGCGAAUGGGACUAACCCAGAUUGUACCCCCAAACGUGGUCCCGCUCAAGUUCCCGAACAAGAAGGUGGCUCUCCUCGGAGGAGGCCCAGCAUCCUUAUCCUGUGCCACCUUCCUGGGCCGUCUCGGUUAUAAGGACAUCACCAUCUACGAGCGCCGUACCUAUCUCGGAGGUCUUAGCUCUGCCGAAAUCCCGCAAUACCGUCUUCCAAUCGACGUCGUCGACUUCGAAAUACAGCUCGUCAAAGACCUGGGUGUCAAGUUCGAAACUGGGCGUUCUCUUUCAACCAAUGAUCUGACCGUCAAAGGUCUGCUUGACUCAGGAAACGACGCCGUAUUUCUCGGCAUUGGUCUUCCUCAACCCAAGAUUGACAAGAUAUUUGAAGGACUUACUCCGGAGCAGGGCUUCUAUACGUCCAAGAACUUCCUUCCGCAGGUCUCCGAUGGUAGCAAGCCCGGUCUGUGCGCGUGUAAAGCAACCGCCGCUCAAAGCUUGCCUGCCCUUUCUGGAAAUGUAAUCGUCCUUGGCGCCGGCGACACCGCCUUUGAUUGCGCAACAUCAGCCCUACGCUGCGGUGCCCGUCGUGUGUUCGUCUGCUUCCGCCGAGGCAACAACAACAUCCGCGCCGUUCCGGAAGAAGUUGAGCUGGCUCGCGAGGAACGCUGCGAGUUCAUUCCGUUCAUGGCCCCGAAGGAGGUAAUCAUGAAAGAUGGAAAAAUUGCUGCCCUUGAAUUCUUCCGUACGGAACAGGACGAUCAAGGCAACUGGAUUCAAGAUCCGGACCAAAUUACUCGUUUGAAAGCUAACUUUGUUAUAUCUGCAUUUGGGUCUGGAUUAAGCGACAAAGAAACUAUCGAUGCUUUAAGUCCUGUCCCGCUGAACCGCUGGAACCUCCCGGAGGUGAACCCCAAAACGCAACAAACCUCAAUACCGUCUGUUUUCUGUGGAGGUGAUCUGGCCGGAGCCGCUGAAACCACCGUAGAAUCCGUCAACGACGGCAAAACAGCUGCUUGGUAUAUCCACUGCUACCUCCAGGGCAUUUCCUUCGAUACUACCCCGCAGCUCCCACUGUUCUACACCGAGAUCGACAAUGUCGACCUUUCGGUAGAGGUCUGCGGUGUUAAAUUCGAGAAUCCCUUCGGGCUGGCGUCAGCCCCUCCGACAACUGCCACUGCCAUGAUUCGUCGCGCAUUCGAGCAAGGUUGGGGUUUCGCCGUCACCAAGACGUUCGCGCUCGACAAGGACAUGGUGACCAACGUGAGUCCACGAAUCGUACGAGGCGUUACCUCUGGACAUACCUUUGGACCGCAGCAAGGUGCCUUCCUGAACAUUGAACUGAUUUCGGAAAAGUGCGCUGAUUACUGGUUGACCGGUGUUCAAGAAUUAAAACGGGACUUCCCAUCUAAAGUAGUAAUCGCCAGCAUUAUGUGCACUUACAACAAAGAGGACUGGACCGAACUGGCCAAGAAAGCGGAAGCCGCUGGUGCUGAUAUGCUUGAGCUGAAUCUAUCGUGCCCUCAUGGCAUGGGUGAAUCUGGCAUGGGUUUGGCCUGUGGGCAGGACUCAGAGUUAGUCUACAAUAUCUCAUUGUGGGUUAGAGCAGCGGUUAAGAUUCCAUUUUUCGUCAAACUCACACCAAAUAUCACUGAUAUCGUGUCAAUUGCCCAGGCUGCUCAACGCGGCAAAGCGGACGGUGUAUCGGCCAUUAAUACUGUGCAAGGCCUAAUGUCCGUUAAGGCUGACACAUCGCCAUGGCCUGCGGUUGGUGUCGAUAAACGAACCACAUACGGAGGAGUCUCCGGAAAUGCAACCCGACCCCAAGCUCUAAGAGCUGUCUCGUUGAUCGGCAACAAACUGCCUGGAUUCCCAAUCUGCGGUAUCGGUGGAAUUGACUCAGCUGACGUUGCGUUACAAUUUAUUCAGUGCGGAGCUCCGAUCCUGCAGAUAUGUUCCUCGAUUCAGAAUCAGGACUUUACCGUUGUCGAAGACUACAUCCUUGGUUUGAAAGCUCUGCUAUAUCUUAAGGCGAAUCCUCCGCCAGAGAGCCUACCCUGGGACGGACAGUCUCCUCCACUGCAGAAGCUUCAAAAGGGCAAGCCUGUCGCUCCUCUCAAGGACGACGAUGGAAAGCCACUGCUACACUUUGGCGAAUACAAGAAAAAGCGUGAGGAGAAGUUAGCUCAGAUGCGCGUAGAGAACGGUCCGUUGUGGGAUCCGAAUGCCGACGAAGGAAAAGUUCUUAGAAAUGGAGACGUUUCGAAUCAAACCAAUACAGUGCCAACAAUUAAAGAUGUAUUGGGAGCUGCUCUGCCAAAGAUCGGCUCAUACAAGAACCUUGAUAAUAAGAAACAAGUGGUUGCAUUGAUCGAUGAUGACCUAUGCAUCAACUGCGGCAAAUGCUACAUGACUUGUGCUGAUUCCGGAUACCAAGCGAUUCAGUUUGACUCGGUUACGCAUCUUCCACAUGUGACAGAUGAUUGCACCGGUUGCAAUCUUUGCCUCUCGGUUUGUCCGAUAAUCGACUGCAUCAGUAUGGUCCCGAAGAAGAUUCCACACGUAAUCAAACGCGGUCAGUUAAAGAAUGUAGCGAUACACGCCCUUUCACCGUCACAGUAAUCCACAGGAAUUUAGCACGCUUCACCAAUCCAAAGGAUGGAUAAGGUUUUGCCCUCGAAAUGGGAUCCAAAAAUGCAAUGUUUGUAUUAUGCCGCCAAUAAAUAUUAUGCAACCCAUGAUAAAGAA